UCAGGCUGAGUCGCCACCAGCUCCUCUGUAGCAUGUGUUAAGACGAUACAUCACAUAAUAUAGCUGAUAAUCAUUUUUUAAACAAUUAAGUUAAUGAUAAUCGGCCCUGUGGCUGUUUUGGAGGUAACGUUAGCUGAGGCGGUGGAGGAGUUCCUGGCUGAGCUCAGGUGUCUGGAACAGUCUCAGAAAGCAGAUCUUGUCAGUCAGGUGACAGCGGUUAAGUUCCUCACGGCAAGAAAGUUUGAUGUUUCCAGAGCCAUAGACCUCUUCCAAGCUUACAAGAACACCAGAAUAAAGGAAGGCAUCUACAAUAUUAACCCAAAUGAGGAGCCUUUAAGGAGCGAGUUACUUUGUGGGAAAUUCACAGUUCUGCCCGGCCGUGACGCGAAUGGUGCGGCUUUGGCGCUUUUUACAGCACGUCUUCAUCGCCCACACCUCACUACCCAUAAGGCUGUUCUUCAGGCCAUUAUAUAUCAGCUAGACAAGGCCAUUGAGAGUGUUCAAACACAGAGAGACGGGCUCAUUUUUAUCUAUGAUAUGACUAACUCCACGUAUGCCAAUUUUGACUAUGAGCUUUGCGUCAAGAUUUUGAAUCUGCUUAAAGGGGCUUUCCCUGCUCGUCUGAAAUGCGUCUUUAUUGUGUCAUCUCCGCUGUGGUUCAGAGCACCAUUUGCGGUACUCCGUCUGUUUGUGAGAGAGAAACUGAGAGAAAGGGUGUGCACUGUAAGAGCCCACGAACUGGUCAAUCACAUCCCAUUCAGCUCCCUUCCAGAACAUUUGGGUGGCUCGUCACAGUAUAGCCACAUUGCCUGGAUCCAGUCCUGUGUCAACUCCAGCCCCAACAACCCCAAUAACUCUCCCUAUGUCACUGGGGACUGCUUGGGCAGUCUCCUCCACUCCUACUCCAUGGAGCAUAGCCAAAAAACUUCAGCAGACCCCUUAACUGCCAAUACUUUAGGGGCCACCCUCCUGGGGGACGGACUGAACUCAAACUGCCCCAUACUGGAUGACGGCAAUGCCAAUCUGCAGAACCACAGAACUGCGGGGCAUGCACAUUGGAAUGGCUCUGUACUGCCAGGUUCAGGGGGAAUCUCGGGGUCCAACGCCAAUGUCGUAAAUGGACGUGGCCGGCAGCCGCCCCCACAGUCAGAAACGCCCCCAGACACACCCCUGCACCAAAAACUCACAGCUGGUGCAACAGUGCCAGGAGGGACUAUAGGUAUGGAAGGCGCAUGUUUGGACGAGAGGAGGCAGGAUGGCAAUGGUGCUGAGGACGUCCAACAGGAUGUGGAGUUUCUGGAAGAGGAAGACGACGGAGGGGAUGGCAUUCCACCCCUUCCACUGAAAUCGAGGCCGCUGCCGCCCCUCCAUCACAGCCCCGCCCCGGAUAUGAGCUGGUUACCGGGAACGAUGACGGAGACGGCUACAUUGUCGGUGCAUGUGGCUGAGCCGGGCGGAAUGAGCGUGCAGGAUCUGGUGCAACACGUGAAAUGUAAAAAGAAGAAGGGCAUUUAUCAGGAGUACGAGGAGAUCCGGAAAGAACCUCCUGCUGGAACCUUUGACUACUCUAAGAAAGCUUCUAACCAGAUAAAGAAUCGCUACAGUGAUGUGCUCUGCCUCGACCAAUCACGUGUUCGACUCUGUCCGCUCAACAAUGAGGAUGAUGAGACAUCUGACUACAUAAAUGCAAGUUUCAUGGAUGGUUACAAGAGGAGUAAUGCUUACAUCGCUACUCAGGGUCCUUUGCCAAAAACGUUUGGAGACUUUUGGCGAAUGGUGUGGGAGCAAAUGGUUUUAAUCAUUGUUAUGACUACAAGAGUUGUAGAGCGAGGCAGAGUGAAGUGUGGACAGUACUGGCCAUUAGAGGCUGGGCGCACUGAGGAUUAUGGGUACUUUUUGGUGAGAAAUGUCCACAUUGAGAUGUUUCAGGACUUUAAGCUAUCACACCUGGAGCUCUUCAACACUCAGACAGGGGAAUGUAGGGAAUUGUCUCAUUACCUCUACAUGAGCUGGCCAGAUUUUGGUGUUCCUAAGUCAGCGUCGGCCAUGUUGGAUUUCCGGGCGCAUGUGAAACAGAGACAAGAAUCCUCAUUACGAACACUGUAUCCUGAUUGGAUGGGACCCCCAGGGGGCCCCCCAGUGGUGGUGCACUGCAGCGCAGGCAUCGGCCGAACAGGCACGUUUUGUACAUUAGACAUUUGUCUCUCUCGUCUGGAGGACAUCGGGACAGUGGACAUUAAGCAGACGGUGCGUCGCAUGCGGACACAGCGUGCCUUCAGCAUCCAAACGUGGGACCAGUACUACUUCUGCUACAAAGCAGUGAUCGAGUACGCCCAACAGACAGGCCAGCUGCAGCCUGUGGAGUGGUCCGACACCGAGCUGGAGACUGACAGCGAGUGAAUCAGGAAAGGAGAGGGCGCAGAAGACACGCAAGGAAAACAAGCUCUCUUUUCCCCUCUCCUGGCUACAGGUAGACUCCACCGCUGAGGAAGAUGCUUUUGUCCUGCCACUUUUUCAAGCCCUUAUUUUUCACUCCGAUCCAGAUGUGAUCAGAGACUGUGGCUUGAUGUACGAGUUGUAGCAUUUUUAUAAUUUUUUUUUUAAAUAAAUACUGACUUGCACAUGUGGAAUGACAAACUUGAAAAAUACAGUUUAUCGUAUUACCUGCUCUUUUUUUUUAUGCUCUGAGUGUUGUCGAAAUUCAAUAUCACUCAACUUGAGGGUUGAAUUCACACUUUUUUUAUCAAAAGUGUAAAAGCAUAAAACUUGAAUAUCCUUUUUUUUUGUUCUCCGUCACAUUAAAAUAGCAACUUCUUUGCGUCUGAACAGGUUCCAACAGUUUUAGUUGUCAUUAUUCGUAUACUUCGUUAAACUAAUCUUCAAGCCAAAGGUAUGGUGUUGAAUGCUUGGAUGUAUUGUUGUGACUUAAACCCUUGUAUAUCUUGUAACAUACAUUUAUAUAUUGUGCAUAACAACCUUUGAAAAGCCUUGUUUUAAUAUAAUACUCUUGACUUUCUUCCGAAUUAUGUGUAUCUAUAUAUAAAUAUAAAGACUAUAUGUUUAAGUAUAUGUUGGGUUAAAACGAUAUGAAAAGAAGAGGAACAUAACUCUGCUAUAUAUAGAUUAUCUAGGUGACCGUUCUUGUCCUGAAGUUUUGAUUUUCACCGAACCAUGAUCCAUGAUUAUCCAGACUUAAUGCAAGCCGUCUAUCAUUCACAGAGCGUCUCAAUCCUGGCUCUUAACCUUCAAUCACUGCCUUGCUCUCUCUAAACUAUGAACUUUGACUUUCGACUCAGCUGGUCUUUUUUAUUUCUACUUGUUUUUUUUGUUAAAUCUCCUUCCACUAUGGGCCCCAGGUUGAAGUAUCCUGAUCCGCACGAACGCUGAUUUUGUUACCGCGAUUAUUUAAAGUGUUCUGUACUAGUGUGAAGUGUUGGGAGUCAUUUGUUACAAGUGAACUGGGGUCUUCAGCUGUGUGUGUGUGUGUGUGUGUGUGUGUGGAGCCCUGGGGUCUAAAAGCCCCAGUUUUUGUGCCUUCAAGUUUUCUGUAGCGCAAUGAGUAGAUCAGCUGGUCUCACUUGCAUAUGGGGAAUUUAUUUUAAUCUCAGGGGUAUACUAGGUGUUUUCCUGCUCUCAAAAACUUCAUUUGCCUCUCUGGUAACUAUCAUUUCCACACAAAAAAGAAAGAAAAAAAAAACUGAAAGGGGAAAAAAAAGUUAUAUUUUGCAUUUUAUACAUUCUCCUGUAUUAUAUUCUGUUCUAUUUAUGCCUUUGUAGAACUUCAGCAGUAUUGAAAUUUGAAUGUUGGUACGAAAAAAUGAACAGACAUACUAUUUUAAACAGAUAAGCUAAAGAAAUCAAUCUGCAUAACAAGAGAAUGAUCAGUUGUUUUUUCUCCAUUCAGUUCAGUGUGGAAUUAUGUUACUCAUCAUUGUGUUUUGGGAGAUCAAAUCUGUUAUUUUCCCAGAUGCCUGUAGCAAAACCUUUUUCAUGCUUCAUGAACUGUUAAAGGGCCAAGACUGAAACAGACAAGCGACCGAUCAGCAUGGAUGCCACUAACAGUUUUUAACUAUUUGCCAAUCAAAACACAGACAAGAGGUUUUACAUGUAAAAAGAAAAAAAGAACACAUAUGAACUUGAAUGUUGAUGAAAAUCAUGUCGUCUUUGGGAGAACUUUGGAAUGCUUUCUCCUUGAAUAUCAAUGCUUGUAUGCUGACAGAUGGUAGUGAAUGUGUGAACGUCCCACUCAUAUAAUGUUUGCUUGUUGACUGACUUCUCCAAUGCAGGUUUGUAGAAUGUGCUUGACUGUUUUAUACAGCUGAUUACUGCUUGAAUGAGACUAAGUGGAAGAGACACAUUUGCUCUGAUUUAUUAAAGCAGUCGGGAAUGCGAUGUGAGUGUUGUUACUUUAGUUUUCCUUCAUUUGGUUCCCAGAGUGCUUGUGAUUGAGUGAUGGCCUUUUUACCUGACAUCUGCAGUAGUGUCAUAGUAAACAUGAAUAUUAUUCUGAAACUGA